AUUAUUUAAAUUCAUAUUAUUCUAACAUCUUUUUCUUUUCUUAAGAAAAAAACAUCUUUUUCUAUGUGGAUAUAUAACAAAGAAAUUAAAAUAUAAUACAUCUUAUAAUUUAAUCGUGCCUCAUUUAUUUUCUUAACCAAAAAAAAUUAUACACUAACAUAUACAAUUUGUAGUUUUUAUAGUAUUAAAAACCUUUUUCUUUUCCAACAUAUAUUAUUAAUUUUUCUUCAAAAAAAAAAUAAAAUAAAAGGUGUAUAUGAUAUGAUACUGUAUCUAACAACAAAAUUUAAAGAAUAUAUGUUAAAAGGCAAUUAAUUAAUAUUUAGAUUUUAUAUAAUCUACAAAAGGUGAUAUUGAUAUUAAUUAUCUUUGAUUUUGUUUCAUAAAAAACCAACCUUUAUUUUUCUUCAAAAAAUAAAUAAAAGAAAACCUUUUUUUAAUUUAAUUAAAUUAAUUUGGGAAUUUGGAUCAAAAUAAAUAAAGGGGGAAAAAAUUGAAAAGACCAGUUCCUGUUGGAGUUCAUAAAGAUUUGAGAUUUGGGAAUUUGGGAAUUUCGAUUAGGGAUUUCGGAUUUGUUGCAGAAGAAAUCAGCCAUGAAUUCCAACUUCAAUUUCAAUCGGAAGAAGAAGAUGAUGGUUCUCACCGCCGACGAAUCGAAAACGCUUUACACUUUUCUCAGAGCCGACCAACGACCUCUCAAUCACAUCAUCUCCGAUUUCAACUCAGUUUUCCCCACAACCUCUCUUCCUCACUACAUCGCUUGCUUCUCUCUUUCCACUCUCUUACAGGAUAAGAAGAUGCUUAACUCUACUCAACGGUUGAUUGCGUUUGCGCUUCUUCAUCAGUCUUAUUCUUCUCAGACUUCUUCUGCGAAUCCAUUCAUUACUCUUUUCAUCAAUGCUGCUUGCAAUGAUGAUGCUGAAAAGUGUGAGAGGGCAUUUCUUCUUCUGCUUUUAAGCUCAGAUACUUCCAGUAAUGGCAAAGAGUUUCUUAAACAAUCUGCUACAGACUACAUCAACGGUUUUGAUCCCUCGUCAAUGAAUGCAUUCCCUCAGCAAGCGCAGUUGGAGCAACAAUACUGUGACAAAGCUAAUCCGGAGCCUUAUAACUGCCUAUUUAAAGAUGGCUCAGUUAGAAAUAUCAUUUCAGACCCUGAUGUUCCCGAUGGUUGCGAUCCUAAUUCAUCAGAGUUUGAUUUGCAAUGGAGAGACAAACCUAAGAUUGGAUCUGGUGAUAGAGAUGAGACAGUUCUGGGGUUUCUGUCAAGUUUAUCAAUGGAAGGGUUAGGUCCUCAUUGGAGCCGGCCUGUUCCACCAAGACUCCCACUCCAAGAUGGUGAAUUGGUAUGGCUGAACCCUGGUGAUAAUCAUGAACUAUUAUGGGACUAUGGUAUGUGUGUUGAUACUAGCAGAGGAACAGCAGUAAGAGAUUUGAUCACCAAAGCUUUGAAAGGGCCACUUGUUCCUAACCAACAAGAGCAAGUUUUAUUGGAAUUGGCAAAUGACCCUAAACUUGUAUAUCACUGUGGACUCACACCAAGAAAGCUACCAGAACUGGUGGAAAAUAAUCCUCUUAUUGCUGUUGAAGUUCUUACGAAGUUGAUAAAUUCCCCUGAAAUAGCGGAUUACUUUACAGUGCUUGUCAAUAUGGACAUGAGUCUUCACUCAAUGGAGGUUGUGAACAGGCUAACAACUGCAGUAGAACUUCCUUCUGAGUUUAUUCGGAUGUACAUAACUAACUGUAUAUCAUCCUGUGAGAACAUCAAGGACAAAUACAUGCAAAACAGACUUGUGAGGCUCGUAUGCGUUUUUUUGCAGAGCCUUAUCAGAAAUAAUAUCAUCAAUGUUAAGGAUCUGUUCAUCGAAGUUCAAGCAUUUUGUAUCGAGUUCUCGAGGAUUAGAGAAGCAGCAGCAUUAUUUAGGCUUCUCAAGUCAUUGGAAUGAAUGAACAAACAAAUUGAAUGAUUUCAUCAUAUGCUUACUUAGCUUCUCAUCUAAUUUCUCUUAUAUUACAUUUUGUAGAUAAUAAUAAUGCUUUAAUUGAAUCGAAUUGAGAUGUCAUUUUUUCAGUGAAAGAUAUUGAAAGAAUAGCUAUUUGUUUU